AUGGUAGACGGUUGUUGUAAGAGAAAUCAUCCCGGUGUAAAGGAUUUAAUGCCCCUCAAUGGCAGUUAUGAGGAAAAAUUUAUUCUCAAUCGUGUGGGAAUCAGCAAUGGAGAUCUGAUUUUGUGUCUUCGGAUUGCACGAGUAAAUCAUGACUGCAAACCUAACGCUGACCAUCGGUACGACGAGACCUUUAAGGCGGUCGUUUUAUUUGCACAAAGAGAUAUCGCGAAAGGUGAAGAGAUCACCAUAUGUUAUCAACAGUUUCACGACAUUGCUGGAAAUAUGUCGGCAUCAACUUCAAGAAGUGCCCUGCAAGAUAAAUGGAGCAUCGUUUGUCCAGAGGAUUGUUUCUGCUACGACACACAAAUGCAGACCCUCAUAGCCCGGAGCAGAGAGUUGGAUGGAAGAAUAUACAGUGUGGCCCGGCAAGGAUAUUCACAACAGGCUUUAGAACUUGUAAAUGAGUUGAUGGGCUGUCAUGAAAUUCUCGGCUCAUCAUUUUUGAACAAAGAGCGUACACUCAACGACGGCUUUCAAAUCGCACUGAAGAGCAAAGACACUGUAGCAGCUAGAAAGUACAUUGAAGGACUGUAUGCUAUUUCAAGCGCUACCCUAUCCCCAGAAUCAUUAGAAGUUAUCGAUCUUAAACAGAAAAAAAGACUGUUGUAA